GUUCUCCCUGGAGUAAAGUUAAAUAAGGAGACUUUGCCGGCACUUUUGUUUCAACUCACAGUCAUGACAACUGAUACACAAUCAAGAGAAGAGAACAUCACAGAGGAUGAGGCAGCGUUGUAUGACAGACAGAUUCGUCUUUGGGGAUUAGACGCACAGAAACGACUGCGAGCUGCAAGUAUACUACUGAUUGGCUUAAGAGGACUGGGUGCAGAGAUUGCCAAGAACAUAGUGUUGGCUGGAGUCAAAUCUCUCACUUUGUUGGAUAGCACAAAGGCAGAUGAAGAUGACACAGCAUCACAGUUUUUGAUUCCUCACUCAGAAAUUGGUCAAAAUAGAGCACAAGCCUCUUUGGAACGCACUCAGCAACUGAAUCCAAUGGUGCGUGUAACUGUGGACACUGAGAGCAUCGAUGAUAAAGACGAUAGCUUCAUUGCUUCUUUUGAUGUAGUCUGUGCUACAGGUUGUGGUGUUUCAACAUUGAUGCGUCUUGAUGCCGUAUGUCGUUCCCAUGGUGUUAAAUUUUAUGCAGGAGAUGUUUUUGGAUAUUAUGGCUUCAUGUUUGCUGAUCUUGGAACACACCAUUAUGCAGAAGACAUAAUAAAACCCAGAGUAGUACCAAAGAUGGAUGCAAAUGAAGAUGGUGAGGAGCCAGUUGCCAAGAAAAUAAAAGGUGAGGAAUUGGAGACUGUCACUGUUAAAAAGGUUAUGGAGUUUCCAAGUCUUGAUGCAGUGCUGAAAAUAAAAUUUGAUUCUGGAAACACAGAAGCGAAGAAAGACGCUGUCUCUCAAAAGGAUCCUCCUCAUAAGAAUUUUUUCUUCUACAAUGGCACAGAUGAUGGUGGAAUAGUCAUAGCUGUUGAGAGCUGAAAGACUGAAUUACACGUAUAAUUAAUAUAUAACACUGAAUUAAGACGUAUAAUUCAUGACAAAGCCAUCUAGCAUUGAAGCUGAAAUAAAAGUACAUCAUGCACUUUGUUAUUCUGCUUUGUUUUGCAACCUGAACCUGUAAUCAGUGCAUAGUUUUAUACUUGUGUGACAUGACUUCCUUUUUUUGCGGAAAAUAAACAAAAUAUUGAAAUAUUUUUAUAAGUGUUUAAAGUUCAUGGCCUUACCUACAGAGAGACUCGAAAGGUUUUAACAAGUUUAUAGUAGUUCAUACUAUAAAGAAAUCUCUGUGAAGAAGCUCACUCCCUCAGAUCUAGUUGUCAUCUUUUCUGCAGAUGCAUCAACUCUAGAGGAGUCAACAGUUGUCAUGUCCAUCAUAAAAUGAAAUAUAAAUAACAUGAAUAUUGGUAGAGCCAUACUUGUGUGAUGCAACACAGAAGUAAAAUGAGCUCCCGGACAGGGUGGAGGAGUAUUUGGGUUUUCAAAAAUUAUAUUCCACGAACGUGAGUGUAAAGCUGUUCACAGAAUGAUUGUUGCUUGACACAUAAACCCCUACAUGUACAGGUGUUCUUCAUUUCCUGUAAUUUGUUCCACAAUUGAAUUCAAUAGAAUGAAGAGCAAAUAUAGUCCUAACUCAUUAUCUCACCACCCAUUAUCUUGUCAAGCCUUUUUCCACACUUUGUGCACGAAGGGAUUUCCCCAUAUUAUCCCUAGUUAUCCUCUUUAUUUCACCACCUGAGUUAGUCAGAUGUUGGUGAGAUAAGUUGGGAUUGUAAAUUUGUUUGAACAAGAAAAAGCCAAUUGACUGAUUUUUAAGAGAUUUAUUUUAUUGUUACUCUGUGGCUAUUUGAAAUAAAUGCAUCAUUUUCAAACAUGA